AUGAAUUCCUCUGAACUCUGGAGCCCACAGACUAUGCAAUUCUGUUUUGACUUUGUUAAUAAUUCAUGUCACAGGAAUGUAAGGACUACACUCAGUCUUUGUGCUAUGUACAUCUUCAUGGGAGGAGCAACAGUGUUCACACUGGGUGGAAAUAUGUUUGUGAUCAUUUCCAUCUCUCACUUCAAGCAGCUUCACUCUCCAACCAACUUGCUGAUCUGCUCCAUGGCAACUACAGACUUUUUGCUUAGUACCAUAGUUAUGCCAUACAGCAUGGUCAGGUCUGUUGAGUCAUGCUGGUAUUUUGGAGAGGUCUUCUGUAAACUCCAUACCUGUUGUGAUAUAAUGCUGUGUACCACUUCGAUUUUCCACCUGUGUUUUAUCUCUGUUGACCAUUACUAUGCUGUGUCUGACCCAUUGCAUUACGUCACCAAAAUAACUAUACCAGUGGUAGAGGUUUUCUUAUUAACUAGUUGGUCUGUCCCAUUCGUAUUUGCCUUUGGCCUGGUUUUAUCAGAGAUGAAUACUGAUGGCAUUGAAGAUUACGUGGCUUCAAUACACUGCAGUGGUUUAUGUACACUCAUAUUUAAUAAGGUAUGGGGAGUGUUAGCUUCUCUUAUAGCCUUCUUUAUUCCAGGCACAGUCAUGGUGGGCAUUUAUGUCCACAUAUUUACUGUGUCAAGGAAACAUGACACACAAAUUGCUAAAGCCUCCAACAUGUUAAAACCAGUUUCAGACACAAAAAAUAAAAUUUCUACAAAAAAAGAAAGCAAAGCAACUAAAACAUUAAGCAUAGUCAUAGGCGUGUUUGUUUUUUGCUGACUGCCAUUCUUUGUUCUUACAAUAACUGAUCCUUUCAUUAAUUUCUCAACCCCAGAAGACUUGUAUAACGUCUUCCUCUGGCUGGGAUACUUCAAUUCUGCCUGUAAUCCAAUCAUUUAUGGUUUAUUUUAUCCUUGGUUUCGCCAAGCAUUUAAAAUGAUAGUGACAGGUAAGAUUUUCAGACCAGAUUCGUCUACUCUUAAUCUGUUUCCUGCAGAUACUUAA